AUGUCCGCUGUGACCGCGACGGAGGCUCAUGAUGCCGCAGACAAACGAGCAUUCAAUCAGGCUGAGGCUUUCACAACAUCGUUGGCGCAUGUCCUAAGAAGUGUUCUGCGCCUAGUCAUUGCGAUGCCUCAGCCCCCGUACAUACUCUCUCUGCUGUCUUUGAAUCUGCUAUGCGAGAGUAUUCGGGUAAACUCAUCCGUGAUAGCAUACUUCAAAGAUCUUGGGAAUCUGUCGAACACCUUUUCCCAGUGCGCAUACUCGGACAAGACUUAUGGUCCCAGGCGGGUUCUGGGGGCUGUUGAAACCCUACUGCCCGAGAAAAAAACUAUCGACCUUGGAGAUUGGUCUCUCGAGACACAUGGAACAUCGAACUUUCCCAGAAAAGCAGCCGCUGAGGUUUUAUCAGCCAUUCCCGGCUCUCAAGGCUUCUGUCUCUGGCCCGACGGCAGCCUUGAAGUCAUCAUGCUCCCGGGUAGACUUGUCGAAUGGUACAGAAAGCCUUGCCUUCCUUGCCUCGCCGGUAUAAGGAUUCGCUUGUCCCAAUUGCAAAUUGCUGGACCUGAUGAUGACCGAGAUACGGCGGCGGCGGAGAGGACAAGACGCCUUUUGAUUCACAGGCUCUCUGGACCGACGGCUACAGCCGCCACUAGACCAAAGAAACUGGGCGAAGUCAAAUCUCACCGUGCUACACCAAAGAGAUAUCGGAUACUUCGAUCGCCUAAUAUCCGGAAAUGGAGGUUUCGCAACAAAGUGAACCACCUAUGCAAGCAGAUAGAGCUUUCAAAGAAGGCUCCGUCGCACCCCAUCUUGGAGUCGGAGUCCAGGCCGGGCAUUACGGGUGUAGCUUUCUCGUCUCCACGUACUCUAGAGAUUGAUACCCAACCUUUGCGAGAAGAACUAACACGAGGGCGCGAAAUCUCCCAGCUUCAACGGCCCAAAUACAGAGAUGCAACAGUGAAGGUUGUCAGGUCAUCUGAAAACAGCCGACAUAACGGAGGCGGCUCACAGACCCAUAUUUCGGCUGCGGAGAGCGAGGCUGAACCCGUCCCUGCUCCAGCGGCACCUGAAUUGAAUGGAGCAGCCGGUGCUAAAAGAACGGACUCGGGAACUCAGGAAGCAAAUGGCUUCGUUCAAGGGCCAAGAAUGGGUGCCAUAUCCCUCGCAAGUACUCCGCCAGAAGACGUGCCCCUACCACCAACACCUCCGCCAGCAGAGUCGCCUGAGGACGCCGUGGAGCCAUCACCAUCUCAAGAAGUCAUGGCAACACGCUGGAUUGCGUCUCCAUGCAACAUCAGAAUCGGCACCUCAAUCAGUACGGCGGGGGUCAAAGUCCGGCAGGCUAACUCGACAGAACAGUUCGUCACAAUAUCUACGCACGCUGCUUACGAGGGUUGUUGCAAGAAGCCGCUGCCGUAUUGCAAACCGAAGAGCAGAAAGAUCUUCAGCAGAAACGCCAACAAGCCGCUACCUAAUUUGGUCGGCGUAUUGGUACAGGAUGCCAGUAGACAAGAUGUUGAGGUUGGAAAAAUAUUCGAGAACACAGAUGUUACGUUCGCUGCGGAUGAUAGCCUUGUUUUUCCGAACGAGUUCCCCAACAAUGUCUCGUUAGUCGGUCCACUAUCAUCUACAACACGCCUUGCACAUCGGGCAGGCUUGGUAUGGAGCGAGCGCAUAAACCCCGAUGGCGUGUCGCUACGGAUCCUAGGUGACAAUGAGCAGGCCGAAUCGUUUGCGGUUGGGACUUACUUUGAUAGCCCUCUCCCGGUCAAGCACGGCAAGGAAAAGUUGGAGCUAUCCGCAAGAGAUAUUCACAGGUCGCUCCUCUACCGUCGCAACGGAAAACCUCCCCAGGAUGCUGGCAAGUUUCGUGGCGCGCCGGUCGUGCUACGUGAUGCAGAAGGAAAGUAUAAAGAAGUGAUUGGGUUCGAGGGUUUCCAUUUCAAACCCAUGCAUGCGCAACACGAGAAUCUGCGGAUGGACUCAAAGGACGUCAUGCAGAGGAUCAUCACUGGCCACGUCACAACCAUAUACGGCGCCAUCAAGCUGACGAGAGAAUUCAAACGAAUAUGGCAGAUUGUGGAUGAAUAG